UGGCGCGAUUCGUCUACGCCAGUCCAAGCGUAUACGCUACCCGCGAUAGGCGACCUGCGCUUGGCAGUUCUCGCUACGCGACGCGAAGCGGUGGCUGCAGCCCUGCGGCAUUCUGAACCCCAUCCCCGCCGCGCACCCCUCCCCUCCCCAGCACCCCGAGAACGAGCUGCUGCUAUUCUGAGUCGUUCUCCGCUCCCCCACCUCGACUGCCGAGUGGCGCCCGCUCCCUUCUGUUCUCUCGCUAUUUUCUUCGCGGCCCUACGUCGUCGCCGUGCGGAGGGUACCGGAGCUCCGACCAGUCGUUCAAAACCCUGCGCGCGCGUGCCUCGGUGCCAAGAAACGGAACGGCCGUGCUUGCCCUCCGCCGCCACCAUUGCUCUUCGCCGUAGUAACCUUUGCCGCCGCCACCGGUGCGCCGUCCUCGACCCGUCGUCGCUGGGCGCCGACCUGCCGCCGCGAAUGGAAAGCCGCGGCCUGGGACUCAGCUCGCGCCUCUUCAACCAGUUCAUCCUUCUCAAACGCACCUCCUACGACCCCAUCCUCCGGUUGAGAACGGAAAGAUGAAACUCGAGGAAAGCAGGAUGGCCACCAUGGAGGUGCGAGCCCUGUCUCUGAGGGCGAAGCUGCGCAAGUUCGCCAAGGACAACUUCUUCCUGCUCUUCACGCUAGGCGGCGUCGUGGCCGGAGUCGUUCUCGGCCUCGGACUGCGCCAGGCGAGCCCCAGCGAGUCCACCAUCAUGCUGCUCGGCAUGCCUGGCGAAGUGUUCAUGCGAUGCCUGCGCAUGCUCGUACUACCCAUGAUGAUCGCCAGCAUCAUCACAGGCAGCGCUAACCUGAGCGGCAAGGCGAAAGGCAAGAUGGCCCUGCUGACCUUCGCCAUCUUCAUCGGCACCAGCUUCAUGUCGGCGCUCAUCGGGCUGUCUUUCGUCACCAUUAUCCACCCCGGAAGCCCCGAGCUCAAGUCCGAGCUCGACGCCGAGGACGAAGUCAAGGGCAGUGCACACCUGCUCGACACCUUUCUGGACCUCGUCAGAAAUGCGUUUCCCGAAAACCUCGUAGAGGCUUGCGUUGAGCAGGGUUACACUUCGUACGAGAAGAGAAAUAUUUCAAUUAGAGGAGAAGCAGCAAGAGAAAUCUCGAAAAGGAGCUGGUCACGAAGAUCUGGGACCAACUCCUUGGGCUUGAUCGUAUUCUGCGUUGUCUUCGGAAGCGCAUUAGGCACACUUGGCCAGCCAGUUGAAAUCCUGAAGCAGUUCUUCGCGGCACUGGACAUCGUCAUUAUGAAGCUUGUCUUCCUUGUCAUGUGGAUGACACCGGUGGGAGUGAUGAGCCUGCUGUGCGCGCGCAUCCUCUCUGUGGGCAGCAUCGUGGCGUUGUUCCACCAGAUGGCGCUGCUCGUCGCCACCGUGCUAUCAGGCCUCGCCGUCGAGCUCUUCGUGGUCGAGUGCCUGCUGUAUUUCGCUGUGACGCGGAAGAACCCGUUCAAGUUUCUCGGCGAGCUUGCGUACGUGGGUCUGUGUGCCUUCGUCACGGCCGCCAGUGCACCCGUGAUGCCAUUGACGCUCAAGUGCCUGGAGGAUAACUGCGGGCUGGACAAGCGCGUCACGAGGUUCGUGGUGCCCGUCGGCGUCACGGUCAACAUGAACGGCACCGCACUCUUCAUCACAGUCUGCAGCAUCUUCAUCGCGCAGCUCAACGCCAUCGACAUCUCUUCGGGAGACUACUUCGCGGUCCUGAUCACGGCCACAGCUGUGAGCGUGGCGGCGACGUCGGUUCCCAGCGCGGCGCUCUUCCUCAUGGUGAUGACGCUGUCAGUUAUUGGCGCACCGGUCAGUGACGUCAGUCUUCUGUUCACCGUCGAGUGGCUGCUCGACCGUGCGCGGACAACCAACAACUGCUUGGGCGACUGCUUCACAAGCGCCCUAGUGGACCACAUAUGCUUCCGGAAGAAGCCUUCCGAACUCAACGAAGUCGUCGUCGUCGUCACCAAUGACGAUGGAGAAGCUGAGAAGCUGCGAGACUCGACGCUGUGAUCAAAUACCCUGCUACCCUCGAAAGACGCUCACAGUGGUUCUCACUCGAAGCGGUACCACGCAAGGAAUAGGUGUACCGCAAUGCAACAGACUCUCUUCCCGCGAAAUUCAAGAUGUGCAUGAGUACCGAUUGUACGUUUCACGUCACCAACGCGUUCGCUCGGCGUGUUUAACGCCACGGCAACGUAACGAAUGCGGCGUUCAACCGUGCUCUCCCGCUCCGCUAGCCUAUCGCCCCGCUUCAUGGCAUACUAUCUUUGCACUGGCUGAGUAACUGUGCCGUUCUGACGUCGCAAGCCAGAUUCAGAGCCGCGCCAACCACGUCCCGAUGGCUUCAGUGAAUACAAUAAACGGCAGCUUAUUUAUUUGUAA